GGCUUGUCGUAAACAAACGUGUCGAUACGUGCGGAGUGAGAGUAGGUCGCCAUACACAUAUCGCUCGGAAUGUCGCAAGGGAGUGUGACACUGUUUACAAUAUACGAAGAUUACACGUAUCGUGUCACAGACAUACCAGUAUUAUUAUUGGAGAAGUUCAACGUCGGCGCCAGUGGCUGUGAACGUAUGGAGACUGUUAUGGUAACGACCGGUGUCCUGGGACGUUGGAAUGUCGCCGAAUUAGCGCGUUAUGACUGUGCACGCAUAUUGAAUAGUAGUCUAAGCCUUGGUGAAGUUAUUCUCUACUCCUCAGUCAUUAUUUUCUCCAUUGCUUCCCCCCCUUUUUUUUUUUUUGCUCGUUUUGUUUAGUAUUUUUUUGCAUUGCUUAGGCACUGGACUUCGUUUUUGAUGAUUGGGAUAGCUGGCCAAAAGGUGGCCUUUUUUGCCGUGGUUUAAUCGUUUAGUAAACAGAAGCAACAAGUGGCUAAAAUGCAAAUGGGUUUGCAGGUUUCUCGUUUAGCCCUGUGGACUCUGUAUGCUGGCCAUACGUGAAUGCGUAUAAUGUUUUUAACGGCAACUGCAUUGACUAAGCCCUCAGCAAGAGCAUCCUCACUGAGUUCCAGCGCCUAGCCUUUACGGUAUGCAGCUUUUGAAAUUAACCCCUUUAGUCACCGUGUGCAGAUUUGCGAGCACGAAUUCUGUUUGCCUAUUCUGUCCAGUCGUGGUAAUGGAAGCACCAUAUUAUACCGGAGCUACGUGACAUUCGGAUUACCCAAUGUUACUCCAGUUGACUACAGACUGCAGGGUACUGAUACUCGUAAACGCUUUAAUAAAGCCACUACCAUGUUUCACUCAAUUUUCGACCACCGCGUUCCGUCACUAAAGGUUGAAGUUCUAGUUUUUCAUUCCUCGUGAAACUUGAAACCGCUAACUCUUACAUGCAAUUUUGCUCGACGAUUGAAGUCUCUCUGUGCAAAAAAAUGCCACAUCACUGAUUGUGCACUAACUCAAAUUUUAGUUAGUCUGUAAUUACGAGGGCUCACUAGAUUAUGUUAAAAGGAUCUACCUACCAUCUUUGCUUUCAUUCAGGAGAGGCUCCAGCACUUUCGAGUAAAAUUAUCUGACUUUGACACAAUUUAAUUGACAGUGCAUCAUAAUUCGUGACUAAAGAGGCCCAUUUUAGAUGAAAGUUUGCUACAGUGUAAAAUUACACAGUGUCCUCGUGCUACAUAGUGUCCUCGAACGUUGGUUCAGAAAAUCUGUUUCGCUCUUUGUGCGCUUUCUUGUCAGUGCGAAAGCCGAGCCAUCAUCUAUACCGGUGCAUAGUCAGGUUUGCUGCCGUUACUUUGACCGGACCCUUUGCUUUUUGUGUGUUUCUUUCUAUGCUUCUUUUUUUUUUUUUUUUGCCUGUGCGAGCCGCUGAGCGCGCGUGUUUGGAAGCGUCCCUAUCGCCAAGCAACGGGCGCUGGCCUCUCUAACUCGCGCAACUGAUGACGCGAACAAAGUGGCAGUAUAACAGGGCUCGCUUCGCAAGCGUCCCGCUUCCAUACCGCCGAAGACGAUCUCCAAAAAAGCACCAUGAAAGUGCUGCUUUUCGCAUUCCUCGUGAUCAGCACGUACGGAUUUUUCUCGGCCUCUGCUGAAGAUCCAGAUUUGUGCUCUUUCGACGAUGUCAAGCUUGGAAUUAUUUUGAGGUGCAUCAGGGAGAGAGCCUGGCUUAUGCUGCGCAAUGGCCUUGACCAUCUUCUACACGUCUACCAGUGCCAGAGUGACACCUGUGCUUUCAACAAGAUCUGCGAUGAAGGAGCCGUCACAACUGCCUUGGAAAAGUAUAUGAAGCCGAAGCCCCGCAGAGAGUUCUGGGCAAUCGCUCAGAAGUGCGAGAAGGAGCUGCCUCCGGACGACGAGACCGUUUGACCACACUGUCCUCACAUAGGCCAAUGGUUGCCUGCGACCAAGUACUCAGAAUAGCUAUAAAAUGGCCAUUUAUUGU